AUGAAUGAAAGGUUUGCGGAUGGCACCCUGGGACACAGCGUCUACAGGAAACCAACCCACACCGACCGCUAUCUCCACCAAAGGUCAUUCCAUCACCCUAGCAUCAAGUCAUUGGUCAACCGGACCCUAGUACAGAGAGCCUUUGAUGUCUGCGACCAAGACAACCUCAAGCGUGAACUCAAGCACAUCCAGGCGUCACUACAACGGAACGGCUACAAACCCAACCGCAUCAAGAUCAGCAAACCUGACCAACGGGUCUCCUCAUCUCCCUCAGUCACUCUUCCGUACAUAGGUCCAGCCUCUCAUCAUCUCCAACGCAUCCUCCGACAAGCCGGUGUCACGGUGUACCACUCAUCUGGCAACAAGCUCCAAGGCACCCUCCACACUCACAAGGACCAGCAGGACUUCUCCUCCAUGGAGUCUACCACAUUCCAUGUGAGUACAGCAAAGUCUACAUCGGGGAAACUGGUUGGAACCAUCCCACUAGGCUCAAGGAACACCGAGCACGUGGUUGACGAGGAGAUUUUGACAAAUCGGCCAUUGUAA